AUGGCAACCAAUCAUCAAGCGGUGAUUGAACACAAUAACUGCGGGGUGAAAUCUUGCGACAAGAUUGAUCGGAUGGCAACUUGGUUAGGAAGCAGCGUCGCAUCAGCGUUCUUCGCUUCCCUUGAACGCUGUUCUUGCAUCAAUCUCGCCACCUCUCACGACGAUUUUGACGAUGAUGAAGAAGCCAAAGAUCGUCCCCUCAUGCUCACCAAACCUGUAAUGUUCGCUGAUGAUUCCCCUCACAAGCUCAACCCUCUCUUUGAGUUUGGAUUAUUGGUGGUUCAUUUUACUGUUGUUGUUUCUUUUAAAUCUAAACUGGGUGUGGUUAAGGGUUCUAAAAAUCUGGGUGAUCCCAGAUUCUUUGAUCAUUCUGAAUUUGGUUAUGGGGAUCUUGUUUUGGGUCAAAGAAACUUAUAG